AUGUCUGCCCCAGGGUCAGAAGUGGCCAAUUCGGAGCCUGUGGCCUCUGGCCGUCUCCUACAGGUCCGAGAUACUCUCUCACGACCAGUCGUUGCCGCGUUCUGCGCAGGCGGUGUCGCCGGUGCCGUUUCCCGAACCGUCGUCUCCCCCCUAGAACGACUCAAGAUCCUCAUGCAAGUCCAGAGCGUCGGUCGAGAUGCGUAUAAGCUUUCAGUGGGAAAGGCGCUGGCCAAGAUGUGGAGGGAAGAGGGUUGGAGAGGUUUUAUGCGCGGCAAUGGCACGAACUGCAUUCGAAUUGUGCCAUACUCGGCUGUCCAAUUCAGCAGCUACAACUUUUACAAGCGAAACAUCUUUGAGCACUAUCCAGGCGCUGACCUGUCACCACUUUCGCGCCUCAUCUGUGGUGGUGUGGCCGGCAUCACCUCGGUCGUCUUCACAUAUCCCCUCGAUAUUGUACGAACUCGAUUAUCGAUCCAGUCUGCAAGUUUUGCCGAGCUAGGAGAGAGACCGGAUAAAUUGCCUGGCAUGUGGACGACCUUGGUUUCCAUGUACAAGACCGAGGGAGGAAUGUCGGCCUUGUAUCGGGGUAUUAUUCCCACUGUUGCUGGUGUCGCACCAUAUGUCGGUCUCAACUUUAUGGUGUAUGAAUCAGCUCGAAAAUACUUGACGCCGGAAGGAGAGCAGCAUCCGAAUGCGACCCGGAAGUUGCUGGCCGGUGCUAUAUCUGGAGCCGUAGCACAAACCUGCACCUAUCCCUUUGAUGUCCUGCGCCGUCGGUUCCAGAUCAACACCAUGUCAGGCAUGGGUUACCAAUACAAAGGUAUCACAGAUGCUAUCCGAGUCAUCGUGAUGCAAGAAGGACCGAAAGGUCUUUAUAAAGGAAUUGCCCCCAACCUUCUCAAGGUGGCCCCCAGUAUGGCGUCGAGUUGGCUGAGUUUCGAGAUGACACGCGACUUCCUGGUCAACCUCGGCCCCGAUGCUGAACCACACUCCCUGUGA